CAAGGUACGUGCCCUCGUACCUACUUGCUGUACGCGUUCCAAUCCAAGCACUCUAGUUUUUUGAUUUUCAAAUGAGGUCCAAGAUGGAUGAGAUCACCACAAGGUUGAAGGAUCUCUUUGACAAAAGAAUAGGGCUUGGGUUGCAAAAUGUUAAUGCAGGGCACCAUACUAAACCUCCACAAAGACCACCCACUUCAUCUUUGAUACACGAACCUUGUUUGCAUGGUAGGGAUGAGGAUAAAAAAGCAAUAAUAGACUUGCUCCUAAGUGAUCAAUCGAAUAAGGGAAAAGUUGGUGUUGUUGCGAUUGUGGGUAUGGGUGGGGUCGGGAAGACCACCCUUGCUCGGAUGGUCUACAAUGAUGACGAAAGGGUGAAUAAGCAUUUUGAGAUGAAAGCCUGGGUCUAUGUGUCUGAAAAUUUUGACAUUAUGGAAGUGACAAAAGCAAUUCUUGAGUCUAUUUCUGACACUUGCAAUUUUAAAGCAUUGGAUAAAGUUCAAGUUCAAUUGAUAAAGGCUUUGGCCGGGAAGAAGUUUUUGAUUGUUCUAGAUGAUGUUUGGAACAAAAAUCGCAGUGAUUGGUUCAGUUUAAAGAGUCCUUUUAAUCUUGGAGCCUCAGGAAGUAAAGUCCUGGUAACAACACGAAGUAGGGAUGUUGCGUUGAUGAUGGUCGGAACUGAUAAAGUUCAUUCCCUGAAGGAACUAUCGGAGGAUGAUUGUUGGUCAGUGUUUGCACAACAUGCAUUUGAGAAUAGGAGUACAGACGGAAGUCCAAAUUUGGUUUCAAUUGGUCGAAAAAUUGUGAAAAAAUGUGGAGGAUUGCCUUUGGCUGCGAGGACACUUGGUGGUCUUCUACAGUGUAAAUUGACAGAUGAUGAAUGGGAGGACGUAUUGAAUAGUAAGAUGUGGGAGUUAUCGGAUGAGGAAAGUGACAUUCUUCCAGCUUUGAUAUUAAGCUACUAUCAUCUCCCAUCUCAUUUGAAGAAUUGUUUUGCAUAUUGUUCUAUACUACCUAAGGGUUACGAAUUUGAGGAGAAGGAACUAGUUUUCUUGUGGAUGGCGGAAGGCUUAAUUCAAAAGCCUGUGGGACAAAAGCAAAUGGAAGAUCUUGGAUGUGAGUACUUUCGAGAAUUGUUAUCAAGGUCAUUUUUUCAACUGUCAAGUAGUAUUGAAGUCUCACUGUUUAUUAUGCAUGGCCUCAUGCACGAAUUGGCUCAAUUUGUUGCAAAAAGAAAUUGUUUUAGAAUGGACGAGGAGCUGGAAAACAAUAAGGAGGCUAAAAAUACCACCAAGGCCCGGCAUUUUUCCUACACACGUUGCCAUCGUGACGGAAUAAAAAAGUUUGAGGCCUUCCAAAAAGCUAAAAAUUUGCGGUCUUUCUUACCAUUUGGAUUGAGAGAUGUAGGUUCCAACGAGUCAAUCUCCUACUUGACCAGCUAUGUUCCCCUCCAUAUGUUGCCGAAACUAAGACGUUUACGUGUGCUCAGUUUAAGAAGUUAUCUAAUAUGUGAACUUUCAAGUUCGAUUGGAGAUUUGAAACACGUGAGGUUUCUUGAUCUUUCAUGUGCCUUGAUUACCACAUUACCGGAAUCAAUAGGAACCCUCUACAACCUAUAA